UGCCAGGUCUCGAAAGAUAAACUCCCCUCACCCACACACACUUAACCCUUUCCCAACCCCGGCGCGAUCCUCGAAACAAACUCGUACCCUCAUCUAUGCGAGAUCUCUCGGGCCGCUAGUCGAAACGUUAAACGAGUGGGUAUCGCGGUCCUAUAUUUCAACGCCAACCUCCCCGUCGGGGACGUUCGUCCCGUCCCAUUGCGUGCCUGCUGGCUGCUGCGUGCCUACGAAGUACCUACCCGGCCGUUGCGUUUGCGCGGUCGCUGUCCGAGUGGUUGGACCCGUCGAUCAUUAAAGUUGCUGCCCCCCAGCCAGAGAUCAUCGGGGCCUUAAAGAAGAUCGACUGCCAGGUUUCCAACAACCGCAUUGUGUUGUCUCUGAAGAUCUCUUUGCUGCGAUGCAACCCGGCCUCAGCGUCACACAGAGAUCAUUAUGCCUUCAACAUUAUUUCCGUCCUUCUCGAAGGAGUUUUCGAGCCCCACAGUCACCGCCGUCGGCGAGGUGUUCCCGAUGAUGAAGUUGCCGGUGGAGAUCCGACUAAUGAUAUGGGAGUACGCUCUCCCGGAAGCCCGCGUGUACGAGGUCAUGGACUCGCCGAAUGCAAGCCAGAAAACGCCUGCGGCAGCCGGACUCAUGUUCGCCAAUGUUCGAGAUGAACCACCACCAGCGCUUGGCGCGGUAUGCCAUGAGACGAGGGUCUAUGUACUACAACGCUACAGACCUCUCGCUCUCUCGGCCACGACAAAAUACGUCGACCUUUCGCGCGAUAUCCUCUUGCUUGAGCCGUACUUGCUGGUCAAGCGGUUACUCCGGACCCUACAGUUCUUCAGCCAGAUCCCCCUUGUGCGAGACAACCUCAGUCGGCUUGCGUUUGGAACGUCGUACGGACUCUACACUGGCAUCUGCCACCCCGUACUCAGUUGGAAAGUCUCCAAGUCCAACAUGACGACGCUGCUUACCCGUCUGGCAAAGUUCCCUAGACUAAGGAAGCUCUUAUUCGUUGUCCACCAAGAGUUCCAGUUCGACUUUGACAUUCGACCUCCGUAUGCCACAUCUCACAUGAACUACCCAGAUCCGCAACGCCCACAACUAGUGCACCAGGGAUACCGCUUCAAGUUCGACAUUGAGUCACAGCUCAACUACACACAGCCGCGACACCCGCACUCUAAUGAGUUCCUUUACUACCCACUGGAUGUUGACGACGACAAGGAAGACUGCUUCGACAAAGAUGACUUGGAGAAUGAAGGCGACCUGUUUGAGUCGUGGCCCACGAAUGACGACUGGCGGCGCUUUCGGCGGAGGUUUCAGAGAUCUAUCCAUCUCGUGGGGAAAGGCUCCCCGGGAUGUCAGCGGCCAAAGGUUAUGCCCAAGCUAGAAGGGGCAAGUCUAUUGUGGAAGUACAGCAAGGCACAGCAUUAUUAGUGCAUAUCUGGGCUGGCGCUUUUGGGAUAUGGAGUUUGGGGGCUUG